UUAUAAUACAUAAAAACAGACACCUUCUUCAUUCCAGUUCAAUAAUUGAGGUUCCACUCUGUCUGUUCCCUCCUUCCUGCUGUUACAAUGAUUGUUACUAUUAGCCAGUCUGAGUAAUACAUGUGCAUUUGGUAUUGUCCUUGUUUACUAGUAGCUAAUAGCUGUUAAGAUCUAAAACCAGCCAUCCGUCUUCUGGGAAGAAGAGACCUGAGAGACCUUUACUCCCAUGGUUCAGAUGUCUUUGCAGAGGAGCAUAGCCGUAUAUCCUCGUUGCUCCUUAUCUGAUUCGUUCCAUCGUGUGGGUGGUUCACGAAGAAGAUGGGCCUCUUGUAGGUCCCAGUCAUCACGUUUUGCUUAUAAUGCAAGACCAUCCCCAAUUGUUCUCAAGACCGACCAUGCAAUUGAUCCCCCUGAACCAAAGGAUUUGGAUGCAAGUUCCUCAGCUUCAAGAAGUGGACCUUACAUUGGGACUUGCCAUCCAUCAGGCGCAGUCGGAGUGAUGGGUGCGUCUUCCUCUUCCUGCCUCAGAUUUUUAGAGAAAUUUGUGAGUUGGAGCACUGGAGGUGGAGAAGAGGCACCUCCGUUCAUCAUCUGCAAUGACCCGCUUGUCAAGAAAGAGCUGUUGCCAUCUGGAACCCAAUCCACUUCUGGCUGCAGUGCCAGUAUUGCUCUUGGGAAGUUAAGGCAGAAGAGGCUCUUCUUGGAGCAAUCUGGAGCAUGCUGUAUUGUUAUGCCAUGCCAGUUCUUACAUGCCUGGCAUGAUGAGAUUUCGCAGGGUUGCUCGGUUCCGUUCAUCCAUGUUGGUGAUUGCGUUGUGAAGGAACUCAAAGCUGCUAACUUGAAACCUGUUGAGUAUGGAAGUAAUGUCCGUGUGGGAGUUCUCUUCACUGACAAUAAAUUGGCUACAAACUGUUACCUAGACAAGUUGGAGAGCCAGGGUUUUGAGGUGCUAUGUCCAGAUAAGGCUUCCAUGGAGCGUACAGUGUUACCAUCAGUGGCUGCAUUCGGGAAGGGGGACAUGGAAGGUGCGAGAAACCUGUUGCGAGUGUCGCUGCAGGUUCUUCUUGUGAGAGCUGUCAAUUCGAUAAUCCUUGCGUCCGAUGACCUUGUAGGCAUUUUGCCUGAUGAUGACCCUCUUCUCAAGAAAUGUAUAGACCCACUGGAUGCCCUGGUCCGAGAGGCCAUCGCAUGCGCCCGAGCACCACAGCCAUGAUUUGCCGCCCUAGCUAGAUUACUCUGUUUACACCUUGGCUGCUCUGCUGAUGAGCACAUAUGUAAAUAAGUUUUACACAAGGUAGAAAAAGACGGAUAUUGGUUGAACUCAUUACGCAUUUUCAUCUAUGUUAGCCCAUGUAAUGUUCGGAUACUA